AUGAAGGAGGUCUAUGAAGUGAUGGAGUUGUCAGGCCCUGGGGGGAAAUCGGACGGGAAGAGUUUCUCAAACGAUGUUCUUCAGCUGGAAAUAUCUGGACCAGAUGAGGAUCACUUGAGUGUCAUCGACGUCCCUGGGAUAUUCAAGAAUACGACUGAGGGCGUUACGACCAAAAAUGAUAUCGAAACGGUCCGUGACAUGGUGUAUAGCUACAUGCGAAACCCUAGGUCUAUUAUGCUCACGGUCGUGCCAGCGAAUGUUGAUAUCGCCACCCAGGAAAUUGUUGAGAUGGCCAGGGAGCUAGAUCAAGACGGCGAGAGAACUCUUGGCGUGAUUACUAAGCCCGAUCUCGUGGACAGGGGAGCGGAGAGCGCCGUCGUUGACCUGAUCAGCGGGAAAGAGCCAGGAAACCGAGUGCAAUGGAGCGUUGUGCGUAAUCCGGGGCAGCAGGAUUUGCUUGAUCAAAAUACAGACCGGCAAUCGGAAACGCGUUUCUUCCGUGAUGUGUCGCCAUGGAAUACUUUGGAAAAAGAACGCGUUGGCAUCAGUGCCUUACGUACACGCUUACAGGAAGUUAUCACCACUCGGAUUCGCCAUGAGUUUCCAAAGGUUAAAGCUGAAAUUAGCAAGCGUUUGCAAGUCAGUCGCCGAAUGCUUCAAGCGCUUGGCACUGAACGCGAUACUCCCGAGAAGCAGAGGGCAUUCCUAGUUGGUUUGGCGACGCAGUACGAAAGAAUGACUUCCCACGCAAUGUCUGCUAAUUAUGGGGCAGAUGAUCUCUUCGACAAGCAUAAAGAACUGAGAAUAGCAACUAUAGUCGCCCAAAGAAACGAUGUCUUCUCCAGCAAUAUGGAGUUCUGGGGCCAUGAACGAGAUGCUGAUUCGGACGACGAGAUAUUUGAUGACAAACGCAAGAAGAAAGUCAACAUUCGGACAACCACCGACAAAGACGACUUAGAGGAUAUUAUACAACCCCAGGAAUACUUGCUCUCACCUUCUUCAGGUAUCACGUACUGGUUGAAGACCUUAUAUCAAGAUUCCCGUGGAUUUGAACUAGGAACAUUUGCGUCAACUCUUCUGCCAGCAAUUAUGAAAGAACAGUCCAAGAAGUGGGACUUAGUAGCAUUAGGCUACAUCAGCGAUAUUAUGGUCAUGACGCAUUCAUACGUUCUCUGCCUCCUUGAAGCGAUCUGUGUUGAUGAACGAAUUAAGUCGGGCUUGGUGUCUGUCCUUAUGGACGGUCUACUUGAUAGGUAUCGCAAGGCGAGGGACCAGGUAGUAUUUCUGCUCAACAUCGAGAGAUCAAGCCCUCCAGCCACAUUAAAUGACUACUUCAGCGACAAUUUGCAUAAGCGACGCCAGGAACGCUUCAAGAGCGCGAUAGCGCAAAGGGCAAUUUCAGUUCCGUCAGCAAGUUUUGGAGAGAAUGAGCAAGCGGUUCGAGUACGUGAUCUUAUACAGACAGAUCGAACAAACAACACAGACCGUGUCAUUCGCGAGUUAAAGGACAUCCUCUGUUCGUAUUAUGAAGUUGCCCGCAGGCGGUUUGUUGAUAAUGUGUUGCUACAGACCGCACAUCACCUGCUCGUGACUGGCCCAGAUACGCCUUUGCGGUUGCUCUCACCGUCCUACAUCCUCAAUCUUUCUGAAGAUCAGCUUGAAAAUAUUGCAGGUGAAGACCCGAGCAUGUUCAAUUCUCCGCAGGAGAGCGACCAGUGGUGGACCGUCGACAUCUACCUGGAUGAUAUCAGCGCUGACCUGCAAACAUCCCUCAUCGACGAAUAUUCCAACGAAAGACCACCAAGCGAUGGCGAGGUCUAA